GUGUAGCUGCAGUUUCAUUGGGUUGCUCUCAUGGUGAAAAGGUUGUUGGAACAGUGUCAGUGUUGAGCUCUUCUCAUCUGCACGUCUCAGGAAGAGAGAACAAUGAACCUUUUGUUUUUACUUUGCGUUCUUUGUCUGACCUUUACAGGUUUGUGUGAAGGCGCUGGGGUGUUGGUGGACGAUCUGCUGAAUGCACCUGUAGGAGGGAAGGUGCUAUUCACCACAAAGCUGACGCCACAAGAACCACAUGUGACUGUCCAAAUUGUGAUCUGGAACUUUGGAACUCUUAACAUAAUAACCUUCACAGGUUCGAAUAUAACUACACCAGGGUAUGAAGACAGGAUCACCCUCUUCAUAUCUAGUGGAUCCCUGGAGCUCAGGAAAUUGUCUCUUGAUGACAGUGGAGAUUACAGCGUUAGCAUAAUAUCAUCUGGCGGUGAAAGUCAAACAGGAAGCACCACACUGAGGAUAUAUGAGCCAAUCUCCAAUGUGAUGAUAACAACCAGCAGCCCAGACUUGGUAGAGUUCAUCAGCUCCGUCCAUCUGUCCUGCUCCUCCUCUGGAUCCUCGCCCUCCUUCCACUGGCUGAACGGCAGCUCGGAGGUCACAGCCAGCGACAGAGUUCAGAUCACUGAUGGGGGCUCCAAUCUCACCAUCUUCAAUGUGACCCGUUACGACCAGGGAACGUUCAGGUGUCGUGUGGUAAAUCCUGUCAGUAACGGCACCAGUGAUCCAGUGUUCCUCUCCGUCAGCUAUGGACCAGGAAGAGUCCAAAUCACUGGUCCACGUGAGAUAGAUGUGAAACACACCUUAACAUUAACCUGCUCUGCUGAGUCCACACCAUCGGCUUCUUACACCUGGUUUCUGAACACGACAGAGAUACUCAGCGAUUCUGCCGUGUUCACUAAAGAAGUCACUGAGUUUUCUGACGGUGGAUCCUACACCUGCACAGCAACGAAUAAUGUAACAGGGAGAAGGUCAACCGCAGUGCAUGCAUUGUCCGUGAUAGUCAAACAACCUCCAAGUUGUAACUCUGGUUGCAUUGCUGGAAUAACAAUCGCUUGCUGUGUCGUCGUUGGACUUUGUGCUAGUGGAUUGUAUUUUGUUUGUCGAAGAAGAAAACAGCCAAUAAAUCUGUCUCAUGGAGACACCAGAACAGGAGGUGGAAUCCAGAACAGCGUGGCAUCAUCAAGUAAUCAGGAUGUGACCUACGAAAACAUUGAUUUCUUACAGAAACAAGAUGGUAAGCCGGUGCAGCUGGAGUAAGAGUAAGAGUAAGAGUAAUAUGCUGAAGUCAAAGUGAACAACAGGCUUCCUGCAGCAUCCUCCACUGAUGCCCAUGUGGAGCAAAUGAAGGAAGCCGCUCCCAGUGGAUACAGUGGAAGAGGCCAGAGCCAGAUAAAGUGUCACCAUACCAACACACACUUCCCUGUCCUUUGUUUGUUUGCAUAGUUUGUAACAGUUUUCCAAUAGUUUUGUUUAUUGCUUCAUCUGCGCUCUGUCAAUGCAAAUGUUAGUUAAAAUUGGUGUCCUCGAUUUUUGCAUCGUGUUGACACUAAUAUGACCUAUCUUUGACAUGUACACAGAGAUCCCAGUUUGCAGCUUGGUUAUGAAUUAAUUAUUAACAUCUUAAAAAUGCUUUGUGUGCUUGUCUGAAAAACAGCAAACCAAGCAUAUAAAUACAGUUUAUAAUAAAAAAUUUACAAUAGUAGCAUACGGAAUAAGCAACAACGAGGGAAUUCUCCAACGUUUAACUUGUAAAGAAAAACAAGAGUUUAUAGUAAACAUUGUAAUAAUCUCCAAAAGGUUGUUUUAGUCUGACUAUUUUCUCCUCCUAACAGACUGGAUGUAUAAAUUGCUUAAGGUUGACCACUGACCUUAAUGAUUCACUGGUUACUGAUUCACCUCCAUACUGAAUAGGGUCUUUCAUGAAGUCAGCUUCUAUCUAGAAAAUAAAAUGUUUGCAGCCUGA